AUGGCUGUUGCUAACAAAUCUAACACUCAAACUCUCGCUAAAUACCUUUCUCUCGAUCAAGGUGGUAAAAUCCAAGCCGAAUACAUCUGGAUUGACGGCGAUGGUGGACUUCGUGGGAAAACCACUACUCUUGAUUUUAAACCAACUGAUGUUUCCGAAUUAAAAGAAUGGAAUUUUGAUG